AUGGCUUCCGGUGUUGGCGUUUCGCCAGAAUGUCUGGAAGCGUUCCUAGAGCUGAGGGUAGCUAACAAGCACCAAUACAUCAUCUACAAGAUCAGCAUGGAGAACACCCAAUUUGUUGUUGAUCGAACAUCCGAAAGCAAAGACUGGGACGAUUUUGAAUCGGACCUCCCCGACAACGAACCAUGUUUCGCCGUUUACAACUUCGAAUUUGAAAAGACUGAUGGGGAAGGUGUUGACAGGAAGUUUAUCUUUGUGAGCUGGUCUCCAGAUGAUGCCAAAAUAAAGGCCAAGAUGCUCUACGCCUCUUGUAGGGACCUUCUUAGACGGGCGCUUCCGGGUGUCGGCAUGGAGAUUCAGGGUACUGAAAAGAGCGAAGUUGCAUAUGAAUAUGUACUGGAGAAAGCUCGCCGAUCUCAUUGA